AAUAUGCUUUAACCGCUUGUGCUAAUAUCCUUUUGCAAAAUUGGUCUUCACUCCUUUUGCAUGUUCUUUUUUCUCUCUUUCUUUUUUCUGGGGGCUUUGCGCAAACAUAAAACACACAUAAAAAGAUGUCUUGCAUGCAAUUCACACUGCAAAACACGGUGCAUGAUUGGAACUUUAGGACGACACCGUCCAAGAAGUCCAGCUUGAGCCAUCCGAAUGGCAUUCUGUGGUCACGCGGGAAAUUCCUCGGUGGCACAAGUGGGUUGAAUCACAUGCUUCAUCUGCGCGGAAACAGUCGUGAUUACGAUCGAUGGGAAUUGGAUCGCAAUACCGGAUGGGGAUGGAAUUCGGUGUUGCCGUACUUCAAGAAGUCCGAAGACAUGAUUAAUGAACAAUUGCCCAAUACAAUCGCCGCCACAAAUCACGGACGCGGAGGUCCACUGAAGAUUGGCACUUUCCGCAGCAGUGAUCCAAUGCGAGAUGUCCUUCAGAUGGCUGCCAUUGAACAGGGACACAGGAUAAUUCCGGAUAUUUAUGGUGAUGAAUAUCUGGGAUUCGGCAGUGCAUCUGCGACUUUCGAUAAUGGCACACGGUGCAGUUCCGCGAGAGGAUAUCUCGUUCCUGCGCGAGAUCGACCAAAUCUGCACGUUAUCAAAAAUGCACACGUGACGAAAGUACGAAUUGAUCCUCUCACAGUCACGGCAACAGGUGUUUAUGUAACAUUCAACAAGAUGACUGAAAUGGCAGUGAACGCUAGGAAAGAGGUUAUCCUGUCAGCAGGAGUCAUCAAUACUCCACAAAUCCUUAUGCUUUCCGGCAUUGGACCUCAAAAAUACAUGAAGAAACUCAGUAUUCCAAUGGUGACAGAUUUGCCUGUCGGAAGAAAUCUCCAAGAUCAAGUUGCUGUGCCAUUAUUCAUGAAAAUUCCAAAGAUGGGCGGAACAGGAGGACCUCCUAUUGAAACUCCAAUUCCGAAUGUUCCUCAACCACCGAAGGAAGUGCCAAUAUGUCCUCAUGGAGUGCAACAAGAAAAGAAAGCAGUCGAUUUCACACCCGAAGAAAUAGAAGCUUAUUAUCACUAUCUGACUAAAAGAAACAUUUCCGACAAUUUCGUCCUUGAUUUCGUAGGAUUCUUCAACACAGUGAACAUCACGGAUCGCUUUCCAGACAUUCAAUUCCAAUACAAUCUCUUUAAGAUGGGAGAUAAAGCGAUAUUCCCCAAGUUUUUGGAAAUAAUGGGCUAUGAGGACACAAUUAACUCCAUCUUGGAGUCUGCCAUUGAUCAAGGAGACAUCCUUAUAGCGUGGAUCAUUCAUCUUCAGCCCAAAUCAAUGGGAAAACUCAAAAUGCAAACGGCCAAUCCACUUGAUCCGCUCAUGAUCAAUCACAAAUACCUCGAGAAGCGCGAAGAUGUGGACACUUUAGUUCGUGGCAUUGAAAUGCAGAAGAAAUUCCUCCUGACAAAUGCAUUCUUGCAAAAUCAAGUGACGGAGCUGCAAAUUCCCAUUCUAACGUGCGGAAUUAACGAUGGCACGAAGAGAUACUGGGAUUGUUACUGUCGACAAAUGGUCACCACGGUGUACAACACCGUUGGAACGGCCAAGAUGGGUCCGGACACCGAUCGAAAUGCCGUCGUUGAUCCUCGACUGAAUGUCCGAGGUGUUAAGGGUCUCAGAGUGGCUGAUGCCAGCAUUAUGCCGAGCCUCCCAAGCGGCAGCACAAAUGCACCAACUGUAAUGGUUGCUGAGAAAGCAUCGGACCUUAUUAAGGAAGACUGGAUUGCCCGUGAAUCUCUGGCCAAUCGCCAAGAACUGUAGAAUCUCGCUGGGAAGUGGCACGAUCAGAUAUAUUUUACGCAAAAUCUCAUUUAUAAUUUACUAACGGAUGUGGAUAAUAUUGGGCAAUAAUAAAACCAAAGUAUUAUAUAUUAACGGGAUAGUUUGUAGUCCUAAAGAAUCUCUAACCAAGCGAGUCAUGAUGGUACAAUUACAGUAAUACCUAAAAUCAAUACUUUAAUUGCUAGAAAACCCCAAUUGAAAAGCUCUAAUUCAAUCCCCAAAAGUCCCAUUUAUGUUGCAUGUGAUUCUUAACUUCAAGCCUAACUCACUUUUCUAAGAUUUAAGAGACUUUUAAAUCUACAUAAUUGCUUCAUUGUCUCUUCUAGAUCCCCAACCUCUUUUUC